AUGGCUCCUGGAAGCUCGUUGAAGAAGAGAAGUGGGAGGCUUCAAGCAUUUGCUCGAGGUCUUCCCGAUGGCGAAUCGCCGCAUGAAAUUCCUAGCACUGUCCAAGAGGCUCCCGAGGGCAAGCAAAAACCUGAUGCACAUAUUUCAUCUGCGCCCCAAACGAGGGAAGAAGCUAUUGAGAGCGCCCGUGUCCCCAUCCCUAAACCCACACGCCCUCCAGCGAACCAUAAUCAUCCUCCCAAUGCCAGCAAAUAUGCACGGUCUGGGUCUCCUCAGAAACGUGCCCAAAGCUCUCCGCGGAAAGCAUCCGACGAGAACAAACUGAGACCUUCGCAGGUACUCUCACCUGGUUCUCCAGCCCGGUCAAAGUUCGAGAAUCGGCCAAGGCGAACAUUAUUCGAAGGCUCCCAGCUUGGAGACAACUUCCUUGAUUCUGGAUUUACCACCCCUCGAAAUGAACGCGAGGAAGCAUACGAUGAGGGCCACUUGACUGAGGAUGAUCACAAUGAUGCUGGACGAAAUGCAUACCCAAAAACGAAAGAUGUCCGCGACCGACUUUACCAGGCACCCCAAAGUCGCAAUCAUGACAUCUUUCAAAUGGGUGAGAAUGGAUUCAUCACUAUCAAAUCUACUGCCGAAAGGGCUGAUCCUUCGUACAUGAGAGACGGUUUCCAGACUGCGCCACGAAAGAGCGCCGAGAAUUACCAGAAUGGUCGUGGUCGUCGGGAUCCUUCAGCUGAUCGCCACACGAAACUUGCUAUUAGGGAAGUCAAGAUUCGAAGACUUAGAGACAGUGGCAGGGAUUUCCACCCGAUACAGGAAAAGCCUCGAAGCCCUAGUCCUGAGCGUGUGAGCCCUGAGCGGGUAAGCCCUCCGCACUGGCUUGAUGAUAAGGCUCUUGACGAAAUCUCCGAAUCCGAAAUGGGUGCUGCCCCUGGUCAGUCCGUGGAAGACGAGCCCGAGCCUGAGGAAACUCCCCGCCCUAAGAAGACCAGGCCGUUUCCCAUCAAAGAACUCAUGGAGAGCGCCCUCCCCGAACCUACUGUAUCCCAAGGAUAUCUCACGAAGAACAAGAAGCGGCAUCGUACAAGUCCUGACUAUGACGAUAUGGCUCUGAGCUCGAAGACAUUUGCCGACUUGCAAAAUGAACCUUUCGAUUUUGACCCCUCCAAGGCCAUCCUAAGAAACGGGCACAGAAAUAAUGCAGAUGAUUUAUCCACUAACCUGGAGCAAUUUAAACACCAGACUGAGAAAGACCAGGAGGCUUUCUUUUCCAACAUGUCCAUGAAUGAUUGGGAAGAAUCGGGUGAUUGGUUCGUAGACCAAUUUGCCGACAUUAUGAAGAGACUGAAGAUUGCAAGGAGGGAGAAAAGGCAAAUGAUCCAGGCUUUCGAAGCAGAGGCUGCUGCACGGGAAAAGCUGGUACGCUGCAGGUCGGACGCCAUUGACCUGAAGCUCGAGAAAAUGAAGCACAAUGGCCAGCGAGUGAUUGGUGGCCAAGACUUUUAG